AUGGCAAAGUCUGCUCUAUACCGCCUCAAGUCCUCCCUCAAGGAGGCUGGCGCCAUUGGUCCCAACUCGCGUGCAUCGCUCAGCAAAAAGGACAGGAAAAAGGGUCGCCCAACCGCCGCCAGCGCCAAGAAUGAUCUCAACAAGAAGCUUGCCCACAUCAAGGAUGCCAUGAACCCCUUUGAGAUGAAGGUCACUCACCAGAAGUACGACAUUCUUGGACGAAAGACGAAAGGUGUUGAAGGAAAGCCCACGUUGUCGAAGCAAGUCGGCGAGGAGAACCGCCGCAAAACUCUGCUUCAGGAGCUCCAGAAGAAGAACAAGGCCGGAGGAGUAAUCGAUAAGCGUUUCGGAGAGGACGAUCCCAACAUGACACCAGAGGACAAGAUGUUGGAGCGUUUCACAAGGGAAAAGCAAAGCAGAACGAAGGGCGGCGCCAUUUUCAAUCUCGAGGAGGACGCCGACCUGACCCACUAUGGUCAGUCCCUUGCUGGACUGGACGAUUUUGACGAGACAGAGCUCGGAUACAGUGAUGAUGACGACGAUAACCGGGGAGGUAUCAGUGGCGACAUUGUCAGUCACAGCCAUUUCGGAGGAUUCGACGAGGCGCCCGAGGAGAGAGAUGAGAAUGGUCGGCCAAGGUCUAAGGCCGAGAUCAUGAAGGAGGUUAUCGCCAAAUCAAAGUUCCAUAAGCACGAGCGCCAGAAGGAGAAGGAGGAAGUAGACGAUAUCACUAAGGAGCUGGACGACGAACUCGAGGGCAUUCGUGGACUCUUGGGAUUCUCGGACCCGGCUGCAGAGGAUCGUCGUCCUAAGCGUGCCCCUCUUCCUUCGCAGAGGAGCACUGCUACUCGUGCCUUGGAUCGAAUUGCUGACGAGGAGAAGGAGCGAAUGAAGGCAGACCGGGAGAGUGGUGAUCUUGACAGGGAUUUCAACGAUGACUACGACAAGCACAUCAGGGAGCUUGCCUUUGACAGACGUGCCAAGCCCCAGGAUCGCAUGAAGACCGAGGAAGAGAUUGCUCAGGAGGAGGCCGAGAAACUGGAGAAGGCAGAGCGUGCCCGUAAGCGUCGUAUGGAGGGUCUUGCUGCCGAGGAGAAUGAGAACGAACAGGGGGGAUAUAAGAAGCGGAGGAAGGCUGUGCCGGCUGCAGAUGAUCUGGAUGAUGACUUUGCACCGGAGGACGCUGAUGAGUUUGGUCUUGGAGCCGGCAUGGAUGCUGAAGAGGAGGUUUUCAGGGGAAUUAAGCCCGGCAGGAUGCCUAGCAAGAAGCGCAGGACAGUCAAGGUCGAUGAAAGCGAAUCCGACGCUGAGGAAGAAGAAGACGAUGAGGAAGAAGAAGACGAUGAGGAAGAGGAAGGAGAUGAAGACGAGGACGCGGAUGAUGAUGAUGAAGAAGACGAGGACGAUGAAGAAGAGGAGGGUGACUCGGAAGACGACUUUUCAGACCUGGACAUGGAGAUGGAGCGACCCACCGGCAAGGCUGGCACCGCCGACGAUGAUGAGGAUGACAUGAACGAUAUGAGCGCUACAAAGUCCAAGGCAGCCAAGGCGGAGAAGAAGCCCAAGACUCCCAGCGCAGAUGCGUCCGCUGCCGCUGCCGAGCUACCCUACACCUUCCCAUGCCCAACAUCGCUCACCCACUUCCUGUCCAUUAUCGAGAAUAUCGACAUCAAGGAUGUUCCGACUGUUGUGCACCGCAUCCGCGCUCUUUAUCAUCCAAAACUCUCGCCACAGAACAAGGAAAAGAUGCAGAUUUUCUACCCAGUCUUGCUUGACUAUGUCUUCCAGAUCUCGGCCUCGGAGCAGAAGUACCCCACCACAGCCCUCAACACUCUUGUUCGCCACAUCUACGCCAUGACCUCGCAACUGGGCGAUUAUGCAACGGAAUGCAUCCUCGGAUUUUUGGAGGCGUUCGAAGCAGAGCUGCUCAAGGAUCUUACAUCAGGAACGACGUCGGGCUUUCCCAAGAGCGGCAAGCUGACAUUCCUCCGUAUCCUUGGUCAGAUCUAUUCAACAUCUGAUUUCCAGCACCAAGUCAUUACGCCUGCCCAGUUUUUGAUGAGUCAAUACUUGGGCCAGUGCCAGGUUGCAUCAGUCAAAGACCUUACCUCGGGAUUGAUGCUGUGUAAUCUUUUCCUGGACUACCAGUCUUUGUCUAAGCGUGCUGUUCCUGAGGCGAUCAACUUUUUGAGUUCGUCGCUUGUCUACUUGGCACCCAAGGGCACAUUCAAGGAUAUCGAUAGCCUGCCAGGCUCGUUCCCCAUCUUCGAUAUCGACAGGAGCGCCCUGCAGAUGACGACCAAGGGCCUGCAAUCUGUAGAAACUGGACGCCUCUCGAUGGAGAUGUUCAAAAUGAAGGACGCCGCUCUUGAGAAGAACAACUAUAGGGUAUCCGCCAUGUCAGCGACGGCAGACCUUCUUACGAAAUACGCUCUCCUCUACGCAUCAACAGGCGCCUUCAAGGAGCUGUUCGAGGGCCCCACCGGCCUGCUUAAGACUCUCUCCUCAGUAUCACACUUUUCGUUAUCGCUUAAGGCCCAGCUCGAGAAGGCACUGGAUCGCAUCCAGAAGCUCGAUUCGUUCUCAGCAGACACCCGUGCUCCCUUGCAGAUGCAGGCCCACAAGCCCGUGCCCAUUGCCUCCUAUGUGCCCAAGUUCGAGGAGGGCUACUCUCUGGACAAGCAUUACGACCCGGAUGUGGAGCGUGCUCAGGCUCACAAGCUGCAGGUCCAGUACAAGAAGGAGAAGAAGGGUGCCAUCCGCGAGUUGAGGAAGGAUGCCCAAUUCGUCGCCCGCGAGAAGCUCCGUGUCCAGCGCGAGAAGGAUGUGGAGUACAACGCAAAGAUCAAGGGCAUCAUGAGCGGACUCGAGGCAGAUCAGGGCGAGAAGAACGCCGAGGCCAGGAUGAAGAAGCUGAAGAAGCAGAAGGGCAAACGCAACUAA